AUGCCCUCUGCUCCGGGAGGCGAGGCUCAGGAGCAAGAGCACUCAAAAACCCAGUCAUGGUGUCAUGUCCAUCUUUCUUCAACAGAUACUCUUCUUGAAAUUUUGGAACAGCUAGAAUCAGAGCCGCGACGGGGAUACCCUGCGGAAGGGCUGGGGGGAUCAUCUUUGUGUUUCAACACAGAAAUACAUCUGCUGGAAGGAGAUGUCUCGGAUUAUACAGGCGGAAACGACAUAUAUCCGUGCCCUGGGAUGGUCGAUAUCCAGCUAUGCAUCUCCCCAGAUCAAUUCGUUUGUAGGUGUCGGGCUUCGUCGAUGACGGGGACAGCCGCCCAAAGCUUAUGUGAAACAUUCAGAAAGACUGUUGCAAGUGUCUUGGCCAACCCACGACAAACCGUUCCAGGCUUGGACAUGCUCUGUAGUUAUGACAGAUCCAGAAUCGAGCGUUGGAAUAAAAUUGAUCCGUGGAAUCAAACCGUAAAAGGAUGCAUUCAUGACCUGAUACAGAUACAGGUCUCGUGUCAGCCAGAGAGCCUUGCUGCUGAUGGUUGGGAUGGACCCAUGACAUUCCGCGAGCUGUGGGAUCGAUCUUCACGAUUAUCCUACUACUUCCACGAUCUUGGAGUCAAACAAGGGAUAAUGGUACUGUUCAGCAUGGGCCUAUCCAAAUGGGCAAUUGUUGCCAUGCUGGCUAUUCUUCGCACCGGCGCUGUCUGUGUUCCGAUCGACUUGCUGGACCCAACGCCUUAUAUUCGGGUUAUAGAGGCAAAACUCGUUUUUGCUGACCAGUCGCAAGUGGAGCAGCUCCUUGGCAAAGUCGAGUAUAUACUUACAGACUUACAGGGUUUCGUGGACCUGCUCGGCCCAACGCCUGACAUUUACGAACCACAAGUGUCCCCUCAAGACCCGGCCUUUGUCAUGUUUACAUCUGGCAUCACUUCCACACCAAAGCCUGUAAUCCUAGGCCAUGAAGCCAUAUGUACCAACAUUCUCCACCUUGCAGAAACCCUGGAAAUUAACGACAAAUCGCGGAUUUUUCAAUGUUCAUCGCUUACAUCCAAUGUAAGUAUCUUUGACAUUUUCGGCACAAUCGUCAAAGGCGGAUGCGUAUGUUAUGCCACAGAACAUGAUAGGGACACAGAUCUACCACGCGCGAUCUCCGCUACCCGAGCCACACACGUCCUCCUUACCCCUGCCCUCUUACGUGAACUGACUCCAGAUACCGUCCGUAGCCUGGAAGUUAUAUCUGUCAUCAGCGACGGCCUCGCGAUAAGCGAUUUGCUGAGGUGGCAGGACCACGUCAGUUUAGUCCAUCUCUACGGCAACACGGAAUGCACCAUCUGCUGCACAGCGACAGACACGCGCCACCAGGAACGAUUAAAAUACCACGGUCGGCUCAACAUCGGCCGCCCGAUAGGUUGCAGAACAUGGAUCGCCGAGCCGAGCAAUGUUCAUCACAAUCUUGUCCCAAUUGGCGGAGUUGGCGAGCUGCUGAUUGAGGGCACGAUCCUAGCUCACGGCUACUACGUAUCAGAAGCGGCAGAAGAGGGAGGAGGCAAUGGAGGAAAUGAAAAUAUGAUGACGCAGCCAUUUAUCGUUGAUCCUGAAUGGCUUUCGAAAUUUCCGAAUAUAGCGCCCCCUGGGAGGAAGGUUCGGAUGUACAGAACGGGGGACCUGGUGCGGUAUGAAUCCGAUGGGUCCAUUAAGUUUAUGCGGCGGAUGGAGAUGUAA